UCAAUGCUCCUCUUCCUUCUCCUUGCGCAGUUGCUGCCAUCAUGGGCGCUCCCAACCUAUGUGCCUCCUGUACGGGUGCGCGAGUUCAAUUUUACUUUGACCUGGGAAAAGCACGCUCCAGAUGGCUUCUCACGACAGAUGUUCUUGGUCAAUGGCCAGUCACCCGGCCCUACGAUCGAGGUUGAUCAGGACGAUUGGGUUGUUGUGCGUGUCAAGAACCACUCCCCUCAAAACACUACAAUCCACUUCCAUGGCAUUGAGAUGUUUGGUACACCAUGGUCUGAUGGUGUCCCUGGACUCUCUCAACUAUCGAUCCCUCCUGGUGGUCACUUUAUCCAUGAAUUUGCAGCAACCCAGUAUGGCAGCUACUGGUAUCACUCUCAUUUCCACGGUCAGAUUGAAGAUGGCCUCUACGGUCCCAUAAUUAUUCACCCUCGCCCUCAAGACCCAAAGCCUUUCCAUCUGAUAUCUUCCGACCCCGAUGCCGUUGUCGCCAUGAUUGAAGCUGAACGCAACGUCAAGCCACUUGCAAUUGCAGACUUUAACCACUUCACAUCUCAAGAGAAGUGGAACAUCGCAUUGGCUAGCGGUGUCGAAGACUCGUGCUAUGAUUCCAUCUUGUUCAAUGGCAAGGGACGCGUGCAGUGUCUUCCGAGCGCCGAAGUCUCGGCCAACCUAAGCGAUGAUCAAAAGGCCUUUUUAGCAAUGGGAAAUGUAACGGCCAUGACUGAUAAGUCGUGCCUGCCGCCUGCGGCGCUGGCUGCACUGGGUAACCCAGACCAAGCUAAUCUCACUUCCAUCCCUGCUGGAGCCUUUUCCGGCUGCAAGGAAACCAAAGGUGCCACUGAAAUCAUUCAGGCACAGCUCUCGUCACUUCCCACUCACCAGUGGCUCGCAAUAAACAUCAUCGGCUCCAUCAACUUCAUCACAUCGAUGGUGUCUAUAGAUGAACAUGACAUGUGGGUGUAUGCUAUGGACGGAGCAUACAUUCAUCCUCAGAAGGUACAAGCCCUUGUACUUACCAAUGGCGAUCGAUACAGCGUCAUGGUGAGAAUCAAUAAGGCUGGGAAAUUCAACAUUCGCUGCAAUGCCAUCAGCAUUCCACAGGUACUGGUUGGAAACGCAGUCUUGGAAGUGCAGAGCAACUGCGGAAAGUCUCAUACCAGCGAGUCGAAACCAUUCAUCAGCAUUACAGGAGUGCCAUUGUCAAAGAAUGUGACGCUAUUCAACCAAGCCACAGCUGCCCCGUUCCCGCCAGAGCCAAUCGUGCAAACAGCCGAUAUAACGUACAAGCUCGACAUGAAGCUUGAUGGGGCUUCGUACCUUUGGGCCUUGAAUUCCACUCGUCUCAUGCCCGACGCCCUCGACAGCUCCAGCCAACCACCCGUCUUAUUUCGACACCCGGAACCUGUGCAGAACAAUGUGACCAUCUCGACCUUCAACGGUACAUGGGUUGACCUUGUCCUCUUUGCAAGCACAGUACCAAUGCCACCUCAUCCAAUCCACAAGCACAGCAACAAAAUGUUUCAGAUUGGCGCCGGAGAGGGCGACUUUAUCUGGGAUUCUGUUAAGGAAGCAAUUAAGGAGAAGCCAGAGCUGUUUAACCUUGUGAAUCCACCCCGUAGGGACAGCAUCGCAUCGCUACCGGCCAUUACUGGAAAGACGUGGACCGUGGUGAGAUAUCAGGUUGUGAAUCCGGGUGCUUGGUUAUUGCAUUGCCAUAUCAGCAAUCAUCUCUUGGGAGGCAUGUCUAUUGUUAUUCGAGACGGUGUUGAUAAGUGGCCCACGGUCCCUGAAAAAUAUUUGGAUUGGAAAUUUUAAUGGUAUAAGGAUGCAUCGUAAACGAGUGGGGAGUUAGAAAAGAGUACCUAGGUAAUUAAUAGGCGCCAGAAGAGAAAAGGGUAAAUGUAAAUAAAGACUAUCAUUUCAUUUCAGUUUUGACGUUACAAACAUAACCAGCCGAACGCAUCGCUAGUUCCCCC